AUGAAGAAAAUGGAAGGAGCGAAGAAGGAAGAUGUUAAGAAAGGGCCAUGGAAAGCCGAAGAAGACGAAGUACUCAUCAACCAUGUGAAGAGAUACGGUCCUCGUGACUGGAGCUCCAUUCGAUCCAAAGGCCUUCUUCGACGCACCGGAAAAUCCUGCCGUCUCCGUUGGGUCAACAAACUCCGUCCUAAUCUCAAAAAUGGAUGCAAGUUCUCUGCGGAGGAAGAGAGGAUAGUUAUUGAGUUGCAGUCGGAGUUUGGGAACAAAUGGGCCAGAAUCGCUACGUAUUUACCCGGAAGAACUGAUAACGAUGUCAAGAAUUUCUGGAGCAGCAGGCUAAAGCGUCUCGCUCGGAUUCUCCAUAACUCCUCUGAAUCCACUUCUGGUCUCAAUCCCAAAUCUUCUUCUUCUCAUCGAACCAAGGGCAAAAACGUCAAACCUAUCCAAUCCUUCAAUCCCUCUCAGCGUUUUGGUUUGGUUGAUCAAGAGACUACAGCUUCUUCCUCGUCUUCCAAGAUUAUUCCUUAUUCUUCGGACCAAGUUGAUGAAACCUUGAGAUUGCCGGAAUUGGGUAUUAAACUAGAGCAUCAGCCUUUUACUUUUGGGGCUGAUCUUGUUCUAGCAGAGACUACUUCUUCUCUCUUCUCUGAGUCGUCACAGAUUCCAAACCAGCAACAAGUUAGCCCUUUCUCUCCAGAAAGCAGAGAGCUUCUGGCUAGACUCGACGACCCUUAUUUCUACGAUAUACUUGGACCAGCUGAUUCUUCUGAGCCAUUGUUCCCUCUUCCUCAGCCGUUUUUUGAGCCGUCUCCAGCGCCCAGAAGAUGCAGACAUGUUUCAAAGGAUGAAGAUCCUGAUGUUUUCUUUGACGAUUUCCCAGCUGACAUGUUUGAUCAAGUUGAUUCAAUUCGGAGUCCUCCUUAGAUUGUGCUUGAAGUUUGUUUUCCUGUGUGUUUAGGUCUAAUUUGACGCAGACUCUAACUAGCUUCGUUUUUAGAUGGUUUCACAAGCAACAAUCUAACUACAUUCUUAUGUAAUGACAACUUUUGUUUGUUUCCCUGUAGUGUGAAAGUUGUGUUUUUUUUUUUUCUUUCAGCAGAAACAUAAAAUCUUAUUUGAUU